GUGAAGUAAUAUCGAUCUAAGUUUAAUUAAAAUGAUCGUUAAAAAUAAUUUCGUGUUAAUUUUCGGCCUUUUUGUAACCUUUUAGCUGUGACAGUUGAGCCAGCUAAUAUUCUUGGUUACUUCACGAGUAACAGUCCAUCGCAUCAACUUAUUCACAUUGCUUAUGUCAAGGCUCUAUGUGAACGUGGACACAAUGUGACAGUUGUAACAACAACUCCCUUAAGAGAUAAAAAUCCCUGCUAUCAUCACAUGCUUGUACCUGAAACUGAAGAACGAAAGCAAAUUGUUGCAAAACAAAACCAAGUUAUGAAGGACUCUAAAAUCGAAACUACUUGGCAGUUUGUUAAAUAUGCUUUGCCAGGCAUGAUAAACUUUGGAGGUUGUCAAUUGGAUACAUUAAAGUCGCCACAGUUCCAGGAAUUGAUGAAUAAUCAUGAUAAUAAAUUCGACCUAAUUCUUUUGGGAUCAUUUUUUGCUGAUUAUCUUUUGGGUUUGGGAGAACACUUCAAUUGUCCAGUAAUUCUUAGUUUGCCUCAAAGAUCGAAUGAGUACUAUGAUCGUCAUGUUGGCAACCCACCCGAAAUUGCUUAUAGGCCAACUAUUGUAACAAUGUCCCAAAGAAAUCACACAACCUUGAUGGGAAGAUUUGAAUAUUUCUGGAGUCAGAUAUUAUGGAAAUAUUUGAUGUACCAAAUGGACCAAACUAAUUUGAAAAUUUACAAUGAAAUGUUCCCAGCACCGAAAUACCCUCCAUUGGAAAAAGCCGCCAAAAGAGUAUCGCUGCUUUUGGCCAAUCAUCAUUUAUCCGAGGGUCAUAUCCGUCCCGAUGUUCCAGCUGUCAUUUACACCGGAGGAAUUCAAAUUAAAGAUCCAUCAGAUCCUUUGCCAAAGGAUCUUCAAGAUAUUAUCGAUUCAUCAAAACACGGUGUAAUCUUCCUAAGUUUUGGUUCAAAUUUGGGUAGCAAACAGUUGGGUGAAGAAAUGGUUCAAAAACUCUACAACGCCAUGGCGAAUCUCAAACAAACUGUUUUAUGGAAAUGGGAUGAUACACCGAAGCCGGGAAAUGCUCCAAACAUACAUUUUACAAAAUGGAUUCCACAAGAUGAUCUUCUAGCACAACCGCAAGUUAAACUUUUCAUAACUCAUGCUGGUAAAGGUGGUAUAGCUGAAGCUCAAUAUCAUGGUGUGCCAAUGGUUGCUGUACCAAUGUUUAUUGAUCAGCCAGGAAAUGCUAAGAAAAUGGUCGAAGAUGGUUUUGGUGUUGAGGUUGAUAAAAAUACAAUGACAGCUGAAUCGUUCAGGGCGGCUGUUUUGGAAGUUCUUGAAAAUCCAAAAUAUACAGAAAAUGUGCAGAAAUUCUCAAAACUCUAUCGGGAUAGACCAAUGACUGCUAGAGAAACGGCUGUCUUUUGGAUUGAAUAUGUUUUGAGGCAUAAAGGAGCUUAUCAUAUGCAAAGUCCUGCUAUAGAAUUGAAUACUUUCCAGUAUUAUAUGUUGGAUGUUAUUGGAAUAAUUUUUGCAGUUGCUUUCUUAGUUUUAAUAUCAAUCACAAAUGUUGAAGGACUUAUGUUCUUCCAAUGCAUUUUCUCAUGUUUGCCAUUGAUACCUGCUCUAGAUUGUCCAGCCCUUUAA